ACCUGUUUAAAAAAAAAAAUUCUUUGCCUUCCUCUCUCUCUCCCCGGCGUACAUUCAAACCCUAAUCCCUGCAAAUUCCUCUUCCGGUCGCCGGUCGUAAUUUAUCUUGAACGGCGUCGGAUAACCGACCUCCAUCAAUACGACGUCGGAGAAUCGACCUCCACACCGGAGAGAGCUCUCUAUCUCUGUACGAUUGCAGACAGUACUCUUGGAUAUUAUCUUGGCCAUGUUAUUGAUUGACAAUCCAACUGGUAGAACCUACUAUGAAAUUCUAGGAGCUAAGGAAGAUGCAAGCUAUGAAGAACUUAAAACUAGCUACCGCUCAUCCAUCCUCAAUUCUCAUCCAGAUAAACUGCAAAAUACAUCUCUAGAAAACGUUGAUGAUGAGUCCCAAGAGAAAUUUCUGGAGGUGCAGAAGGCUUGGGAAAUCCUGGGAAACUCAAGGUCACGUGUAGCCUACGAUAAUAAACUUGAAGAAUUGAGACAUGAUUCGUUUGCUGCAGAAGAGAUUAGCUUAAAGGAUUUGACGGUUGAAAUUGUUGGUGAAGUUGUGGAGAUGUUUUAUCAGUGUAGAUGUGGUGACUAUUACUCUAUUGAUUCUUCAGAGUUGGAGGGAAUGGGUUAUAAGUUGUUUAGAAGGGAUGAAAGUAAGAUUUCCUUGCAAAUGUCGGAUGCGUUGCCAUCUUAUGUGCUUCUUUCUUGUGGAUCUUGCUCCCUUAGAAUCCAUCUUACAUUGAACUCGGAUAUGGAGAUUCAAACUGAUGAUGAUUUGUCCAAGUUUAGAUAGAAAUGUCAUUAGUAGUUUUGAAGAUUUUGUUGCUAACUUAUUCAUACCCCUUAUUGUUUAUAUUCUUAUUGUUCUGGAAUUGGUCUUUAUAUUUUAAUAUCACAAAUUUUGUGAUUCCAAUUCAUACAAUUUCUUCUGUUUUUGG